AUGGUCAGAGAACAAAUUAACGAUAAUACAACGAAACAUUUUCGUCGUAUCAUUAAUACAACUCACAUGAUACCUUAUGACCCCAUAUUAUUAUCCGAUGUAUCUGAUGAUAAAUAUCAAUGGGAUUUAAAGCCACGAGAGGAUCAUUCUGCUCUUUAUUCUGGUAUCAGUUCUUUAGAUUCGAAAUGGGAGAAUUAUCACGUUGGUUUUGUUGGUCGUGUUUAUGAAAAUCCCGAAAAAAAUAUUGAACCAAGUAGUCAAACAGAUAAAUUAAAAGCAAGUUUGGUGGACACUUUGGCUGAAAAAAAAAUUGUACCUGUUUUUCUUGAUGAUGCAGAACAUCAUGGACAUUAUGAAGGUUAUUGUAAAACUGUAUUAUGGCCAUUGUUUCAUUAUAUUUUAUGGGACUCUGCCACUGAUGGUAGAAUAGAAGCAUUCAAUUGGACGAAUUAUGUAAAGGUCAAUCAACGAUUUACUGAAAAAAUUAUGGAAAUAUAUAGACCUGGUGACUUAGAAAGGAAUGAAAUAUUGAAUGGAAUGUUAGGCGCCAAUCAAAUAGGAUUCCAGACAUAUUCAUAUUCAAAACAUUUUAUAAGUAGUUGUACUCGUGUUUUAGGAUAUGAAUCUACACAAAGUGGCGAAACCAGUGAAGAUAAGUAUAUAGCAGGCACUAUUGAUGCAAGAGAUUCAAUAGUAACUAUAGGGACAUUCCCAAUUGGGAUUGAUAUUGAGAAAGUUGAAAAAGAGAGAAAACUCAUUGAUGUUGUGAAAAAAAUGGCAUUGAUCCAAGAAAUAUAUGCUGAUAAGAAGAUCAUUGUUGGUAGAGAUAAAUUAGAUCUAGCCAAAGGUGUUAUUCAAAAACUUGAUGCUUUUGAAAAUUUUUUAUCACUGUAUCCAGAAUGGCAUAAUAAAGUAGUUUUAAUUCAAGUCACUACACCAGCACUUAGUGAUUCACCAAAAUUAGAGCGCAAAGUUUCAGAACUUAUUGCUAAUAUAAAUGGCAAAUAUGGCUCAUUAGAAUUCACACCUGUACAUCACUAUCACAACAAUAUUGCUCAGGAUGAAUAUUAUGCACUUUUAAGUGUAGCAGAUAUAGGCCUUAUAACAUCAGUUCGUGAUGGAAUGAAUACUACUUCAUUGGAAUAUAUAAUGUGCCAACAAGAAAAUCAUGGAUCUUUGAUAUUAAGUGAAUUCACUGGAAUGGCAGGUUCGCUUGAUGCUUCAAUUAUGGUUAAUCCUUGGGAUUACACUGGUGUAGCAAAGGCAAUCAAUGAUGCAUUAUACUUAUCACCCAAAGAAAAAAAAGAAAAACAUAUGCAACUAUAUAAACAUGUUACUACUCAUACUGCUCAAUUUUGGGCAGAUUCAUUUGUUGAAGAGCUUAAAGAAUCAAUAAAAAAUCAAGAACAAUCAAGCAUUGUUCCAUUUCUCAAUACAAAGAGUUUACUAAAUAAAUACAAACUCUCUAAAAAAAGAUUAUUAUUAUUUGACUAUGAUGGUACUUUAACUCCUAUUGUUACAAGUCCAAGUGCUGCAGCCCCAGGGGCUGAUACCUUAAAAGGAUUAAAUGAACUUGCAGAUGAUCCUAAAAAUAAAAUUUGGAUAAUUUCAGGACGCGAUACUCAUGCAUUAGAUAAAUGGCUUGGUGGCAUUAAAAAAAUUGGAUUUAGUGCUGAGCAUGGUGGUUUUAUAAAAAGUCCUGAAAGUGAUGAAUGGAUUAAUCUUAUGAAAGAUAUUGAUAUGAGUUGGAAAACUGAUGUACUUGAGAUAUUCACAUAUUAUAAAGAACGCACUCAAGGAUCAUUUGUAGAACAUAAAACAUUCCAAGCUAAAGAAUGUCAAAAUCAUCUUGAAAGUGCAAUCAUUCCCAAAUUACCAGUUGAGAUACUAUUAGGUAAAAAAAAUCUAGAGGUUAGACCUACAAUGACAAACAAGGGUGAAAUUGUAAAUCGUCUUUUAGAAAAUCAUUCAGAUGUUGAUUUUGUAUUUUGUGCAGGUGAUGACAGAACAGAUGAAGAUAUGUUUAAAGCAAUAAAAAAGUCUCAUUUACCAGAUGAUAGUUAUUUUUGCACAAUGGUUGGUUCUGCAAAUAAAAAAACUUCAGCUGGAUGGCAUGUCAAUUCACCUCAAGAUAUUAUUCAAACUAUUAAAAAAAUGGUUCAAGUGGGUAAAGAAUUUUGA